UUGUCAAUUGUAGUUUUGUAUACCGUGCGACAGAUGGUUAACGUCCUGCUUAAUCCCGUUAGCAGUGGGCAGGAAGAUCUGGGCUUCCCCAAGAACUUCCACGGCGUAAAGAGGCAUUGAUCCUUGGGUGCUGCUUCUUUUCCCCUAAUUUCACCUGCGGGAUGGCCAACGUCGACGUGUCGGUUCUAAAAGAACAAGUCGCUGGGACGCGUCGAUGGAUUACAUACGGAUGUUUGUUUAUAUGCCUAGGCGGGAUUAUGCCUCUGUGUAUAUAUACGUGUGCUCUUUCCUUCUUUUCGGUUCUUUUUCUCAGUCUUGUUCUGUUUCUCUCUCUGUAGACACACACAGUAGUUACAUACAAUGGAUUUCUUGAACAACAUUAAGGACAAGGUCGGCGACGAGGUUGUCGAACAGGCCAUCAAGCAGAAGGCUUCAAGCUUCUUCGGCGGUGACUCUGACAAGAAGGAGCAGUCGCAGGGUGAGAAGGAAGGUCAACAAUCAUCUGACAACAACAACAACAACAACAACGAGGGCGAGAAGAAGGAGGAAUCCAGCUCUGGUUACGCUAAGAAGAUUGAGAGCUUCAUCGGUGAUGAUAACAUCAACGCCAUCAAGCAAAAGGUUGGCGAGGAUAACUUCAAGAAGGGCGAGAGCUUCAUCGACGAGCAAAUCAAGUCCAGAUUCAACUAAGUCUAUAGUACUUGCGUGAGCUAAAAUACCCUUCCAUUUCACAGGAAUUACAAGUGUAGGCAGUCUCUAAUUAAAGCAUUUGUGAAUUAAGAAGAAUUAGUAAAACCCUGCACAGUACACUGCUCUCUAGUUCUAUGUUUCAUCUCCAUAGUACAAUUGGUG